AUGACGCAGCCAAAGUUGUUAGAGCUCCCCCUUGGGGCCCAGCUUGUCUACCUCGCUGAGGGCGGCGCGAAUAUUAUUUAUCGGAUUGUGUUACCUGCCAGUUUACCGAAAAGCUCUAGGCUCGGUCCUUCUUCGCCGGUGGCGAAUGAUUCUUUCACAGUUCCCGCGGAGUUUAAAGGAAAGUUGCUGCGGCUUCGCAAGGAUACACCAGCCGGUGUAUCUUACCAGGAAAUUGUCCGGAACUUCGACAAAAACAUUCGUCCCUUAUUCAAGCCAGAGGAAUUAGUGGACCAGGAACUCCAUUACCUACCUAAAGGUCUCGUCCAGCGCUGCAAUGAGCAGUUGCGUGCAGCGGAGCUUACAGGAAAGCGGCCGAAACAGAGACGAGGUGUAUUCCUCUCUGUAACAGAACCAUUCGGCCUGUUGGUCACGGAUAUGACUUCCUAUGGAAAUCCCGGCACGGACGUCGCCGAAUUGAAGCCGAAAUGGCUUUUGCAGUCGCCGUCGGCUCCAACCGGAGCCCGAAAGUGUCGCACUUGCGCCCUCCGAGACAUGAAGAACCACGACGCCCGCCGGGUGGGUGCAAUGGAAACACGGUCAUUCUGUCCUUUGGAUCUGGUAUCUGACAAGUUUGAACAUGUGCUGCGCGCUACCAAAUUUGUCAAGGGACAGAAAGAUCACGCGCGGCUGGCGAGAGUACUUUACCGAAACCCUACACUGCUCAAACUUCUUGCUCACCAGAAGAACAUGAAAGAUGUUGGAAACUACGGUCCUUCUCCGAGUUCCCGAGACAAGUCUUUAGCCAUGACUAUUCGGGACUGCACGAUGUUCAUCAAGAUGCCUCGAAAUGAGAAAGGCCGGGUUGAAAUCCGACUGGGUGAUUUAGAUCUCAAGACCGCAAGCGGGGGCAAAGCACAGUACUGGCUAGACCUCGAGCAUCGGCUGAUCAACGAUGGUUGGUACAUGGGUGCCAAAGGCAACACCCUUCCAUGCGACUGCUCUCUCCAAGGCUCGCGGGCCCAGUCACCUCCAUCCAUCUUAUGUGCUGGAGUUGCUUUUAGUCUUCAUGCUACGAAAGUUACUUGA